AUGCAGGGAAAUGUUAUCAGAAGUAUGGAGGUGCCUCAUGAGGGCAGCUGUAAAGUAAUUUGUUAUAUGGAGCCCAAUUAUGUGUCCAUAAAUGUUCGACCUGCUACUCAAGGAGGAAACUUCAUUUGCGAGUUAAACAAUGCUACGGGAGGAAAUAAAAGCUCGUCUGCCCUACAAAGUAAAGAGGGUCAUAUCUACGUUUCCAUUGAGGUACUUCAGACUGAUUUCAUAUGGCCAAAAAUAUUCUUUUAGGCGAUCCUUUUAGCAACAAUGAUAUGAACCCGUUUUUUUCAUACUGAUUUGAUAUUUGCUGAAACAGAUGAUGGAUGCCGUGGAAUCAACCAGUACAAGACAAAGUCAUGCAGGGAAACGUAAUCAGAAGUAUGGAGGUACCUCAUGAGGGCAGCUGUAAAGUAAUUUGUUAUAUGGAGCCUAAUUGUGUGUCCAUAAAUGUUCGACCUGCUACUCAAGGAGGAAACUUCAUUUGUGAGUUAAACAAUGCUACGGGAGGAAAUAAAAGAUCGUCUGCCCUACAAAGUAAAGAGGGUCAUAUCUACGUUUCCAUUGAGGUACUUCGAACUGAUUUCAUAUGGCCAAAAAUAUUCUUUUAAGCGAUCCUUUUAGCAGUGACGUAACGAGAGCGUAGACAAGAAGUUAAGAAAGCUUAUAUGGUCAUUUCUUCGGAAUAGUCUAUCACUGAUCUUUCAGGCGAUUCAACUGUCUAUCUAUUAAACGAUCAGUUAGUUGCAUAUUAGAGGAUCGAUUACUUGCAAGUAAAAUGGUCUAAAUGUAACACACUUUUAUUGUAGCUUUAAGAUAAAGCAAUAGACGAAUAUGUGAACUACUCAAAACUAUUUUUAAGACGCAAUCCCUAUUGUCUCUAACAGAAUCCCUGCGGUAACAGUCCCUGUUACAACAAUGGCACUUGUCAAGCUGGAUACACAGAUAAAGGAUUUCGUUGCAAAUGUCCUUCAGGGAUCACUGGCGCAUACUGCAAUAAAGGUAAGCACUGAGCUGUGAAGUGGAGUUUAUAAUAUCGAAUGAUAGUCAUAGAGCAUUCAGCGGGCUAAACAUUUCUUCUUCUUUCUUUCUCACCAGCUUGCAGUCUUGACUUUGAAGAUGGAAUCGGUGAUGGGAAAUGA